UCUCAUAAAGAAACAGGCAAAACCCUAAACCCUUUCUGCGCUGUUCUGUCUCCUCUUCCGAUCUGAUCUAUCGUCAAUGGCUUCCGCGUGCAGCAGAAUUGCGCAACGAACGUUAUUUUCGUCUGCAAAAUCCGUCAUUAAGUCCAAUUUUCGCGCUUCUUCCAAACCAACUUCAACUUCCGUUCCUCUUCGACAAUCCUUGUUGACCAGGAUCUCGCCGGAACUGAGAUGCGCACAGUCGCUGUUGCCGCUGCACAGUGCGGUGGCGGCAGCUAGAAUGACUUCUUGCUUGAGCGUAACUUCCAGAAGCUGCCGAGCGCUUUCUCAGGGACCCAUGCUCUGGCACAUAGUAAUUUGGAUUUUGCGGGACAAGCCAAUUAUGGCGUACUGCUUCAUUAUCAACUUCUGCAGAUAUUUGAAGUCUAAAUGGAUGUCCUUUGUGAUAGUGUCGUCGUUUUUCUUUUUUGUGUGGGAAAUGAAAUUGUGAGGGAGAAAGAAGUUAGAGGAUGUAUCUUGUAUAAUACUAUAAAGUCUAUAUUCAUUGACAGUUUCCAUUUCUCACACUCUCUUCUCUCGAAUGUUUCCUAAGCAAAGGAAAUAAUGAUGUCCCACUUUUCUAUAUAAUAAAUCGAUGAUCUGUGUUUUCUUUGA